GCUUUGAGCCCAGUCACCCCUCCUCCCCUCCGGGCUGCUAGUAAACCUUCACACAGGCAGGCAGGCCAUCCCCUGGCUGCCACAGCUGCUGUGCCGGUUGGGCCUGCCCUUAGAAAAGAGACAACCCAAAACUGCCCCCUCAACACACAGACACACUGAAAAGGAGGCAGGCAGUAGAGUCUGUCUUUCUGUUUCUAUCUCUCUAUCAUAUAACAACUACAGGACCAUCACUUUAACCUUCUGGAAUAUUCCUUCAUAUUUAAGUAGAGAGGACCAGAGAAGAACUGUAUAACAAAAUAAACAAACUUGGACACAAUAAUCAUUAGCCCAACUUCUGCCGGCCCAGCAGUACCUCCAUCUCCCCAGCGACUCCUCUUCCUCUCACACAGACAGACAGACAGACACAGACAGACAGACAGACCCAUCCAGCCAGGUAAUCUGUGUCUUCUCCCCACCUGGUUUAGUGCCAGCCUAGUUAGGUGUCCAUUAUCUAGUUAGGUGUCCCUUAUCUAGUUAGGUGUCCAGUAUCUAGUUAGAUUUCCAGUAUCUCUUGGUCCAGCCCUGCUACCCAGUACUCCAGUCUCCCAGGCCCCUCCAGACCAGGCUUUCUCAGGUCCAGGUAUCCUUGCCAGGCUUACCGCCUAACCACCUCCAGAUAAGCCUUCGUGGCCUCCAUUCCUCUAGCCAGGUAGGCCCGCCAACCCCAGUACUCCAGUCUUGCUGCUCCACCCAGGCUCUUCCAGUCCAGGUCCAGCUAUCGCUGUCCGGCCCGGCCAUGGUUCUGUGUGAGGACAGGGAGUGUGGGGUGUGUUAUCAGCCCUACUCCCGUCAGGAUCGGAUCCCCCGGGUGCUCCACUGUAGACACACCUUCUGUGCCACCUGCUUAGAGACCAUGUCCCAGCCCAAGAGUGACAUGGUCACCGUGUGCUGCCCGCUGUGCCGCCAGACCACCUGUGUAGGGCGCGGCCUCAGCCUUCAGGAGGCGCUGUGGGUCAACUCACGACUCUGGGACUACAUACCUGAGAGCAAAGAAGAGGAGGAGGAGGUGAAGGAAGAAGAGGAGGAGGAGGAGGUGAAGGAAGAAGAGGAGGAGGAGAGAGUGGAGGCUGACAGACAGACACAGGCCUCCUCACAGGCAGAAUGCCCUACGUCUAAGCGCUCUAGAAAAAUGCUGAAAUUUCCAGCCUUCCUCAGGAAAUUCAGUCUGACAAAACCACAGCAUCAAGAGAGUCUUGUGCCUGGUUGUGGCAACGUGGAGAUGAAAUCCUGGCGCAGGCUUCCAACUGCUGACACUUUUUAGGUCUCUCACGCGCUAGACGCAGAGAUGUACGUGUACUGUAUAAACAAUGGAGUGUUUACAGUUCCUCUCUGAUAUAAUAAUCUGCAUCUUUUGAACAAUGACGUGUAGAUUACCAGUUGACACCCACAGUCAACGGGCAACACUGUUAAAGAACAGCUCAGAGACAGUUGGGUCUGUAUCCAAUAUGGCACCCUAGUCCCUACAGGCUCUGGUUAAAAGUAGUGCACUAUAUAGGGAAUAGGGCUCUGGUUAAAAGUAGUGCACUAUAUAGAGAAUAGGGGCUCUGGUUAAAAGUAGUGCACUAUAUAGGGAAUAGGGCUCUGGUCUAAAGUAGUACACUAUAUAGGGAAUAGGGCUCUGGUCUAAAGUAGUGCACUAUAUAGGGAAUAGGGCUCUGGUCUAAAGUAGUGCACUAUAUAGGGAAUAGGGUGCUGUUUGAGACGUACGUUUGGAGAAGCCAGUACGCGUCCAUGUGUGUAUUGACUCUGACAAGAUAGCCUUCAUUGUUGAGAAGCAGUGAAACCGCCCCCAGUGGUCCUGUCUUCUUCCCCAUUGGUUAUUUUAGCCUUAAUUCCCCACAGCUGGUGCAGUGGGAUUUGGUUCAGCUGUCUCUAGGACAGACGUCCCAGUGGAAGCCAGGGUACCCCCUCCAACCACUCCCUCCUGCUGCCCCCCCCCCUCUUAACAGAUGGCCUCCCGAGGAUGACCCCCCCUCCACCCUUCUCCUUCCCCAGUGUCUGCAAACAGAGCGUUUAAUUUAUUAUCAGCUUUUGCAUUCACGUCAAUUUUUUAAAAAUAUAUUAUCUUUCAUAAUAAAAAUAUCAAUUUGAAAAUA